AUGCCUUUAAUGAUAAAAGAAACAAAAUAAUUUGAUAAAUUGAUGAUGAUGUACUUUUACUAUAGAGGAUUUGCUUAAAUAAACUUUGACGCAAAACACAAAUUCUAUGAUUAUACAAUGUGCAAACAUUAUUUCUUUAAACUAAAUUAUAAGGACUAUUUACAUAUUGGUUUAGAUUUUAUUUAAGAAAACUUGGACGACUCUGGGCAGUUUGAUUUCAGCCUAAAUGAUUAAGAAAAAAAAGAUAAUUUUACUAAUUUAUUCUCAAGUUUUUAAUAGAAGAUUAAAAAUUUUAAAAUAAAAAAGGGAAUAAAAGAUAUUAAGAAGAAAGAAUAAAUGAAAGGUAUAGAGUUAGGUUUUAUUGAUUUCUUUUUUUAAUGCUACAUAUUAUUUAGAGAUUAAAAAAAGAACUUCAAGGAUAAAAGAUAUGAUUUGCUAAAAUAGACUUUGAAUAUUUACACUAAAAACCAAAAAUUUGAUUUAGGAGUUUCAUAGAUACAUAAAUGUUUCUUUUUCUUAUAAGAUAUGUAAGAAUGCGAAGAUUUUAUAAGUCGAUGCUUAAGAGUAGUAAGAUUAGUCAUGAAGAAAGAAAAACUAAUUACUCAUUCUCAAUCAGAGGAAACUAUUUAUGAAAAAUUUAAUGAAAUCUCUGUUGAAGAAAAACUUUCUAUUUCUAAAGUAGAUAAUGAUAAAAAACCUUUAUUGAUUAAAUAUUUGAAGUAGCUUUCAGAAAUAUAUAUUUAUAGUUAAGGUGUUAUAGGUUUUCUAAACAUUUAUAGGUGUCUUUCUAUACUCUCAUAAAGCUAUUAUUAUAAGUAUUUGUUAUAUUUAGAACAGCUAAAAUGGAAAGCUAGAGAUCUAAAAUUAGAAUCUUAAUAUAAAUAGUUAGUUGAUGAAAUUGAGAAAGAUUUAUAAAAGAAAAAUGAAACAUAUAAACUGUUUUGGAAGUUAAGCUAUUCUAAAAUGAAAGAAAGUUUUAUCGGAAAUUAACUAAAUUCUCUUAAUGUAGAUAUAAAAAACGACUAGCCAAUUUUGCAUAUUAGAAAAAUAAUGAAUAAUAUUUUUUUACAAAUUCAAAACUAAACAGACGAUAAUAUUUUUACAGUUUUAUUUAAAGUUGAUUAUGAAAUAUUCUUAAAAAAAUGGAAGGAGCACUGUGAAAAAAUCGAAAAAUAAAAUGGAAAAGAUAAUAAUGUAACUGCAUACACAAAAUCUUUAAGGUUUAAAAAUUAAUUAGUGUUCGUAAAAAUGUAUAGCUUAAUAUGUUAUUAAAAACCAGGUGAAAUUGAAUUUAGUUAUCAUGAUUACUCUUUCGUUUAAGAAGUAGCUAUUGCCAUAUACCUAAGAGAUAAGCAACACUAAAAAUAUCAAUCAUUUCAUGAAAGUAUUGGGUAUAACUGCUUCAAUAGAUAUAUUUAUCACUUCAUCUAGGAUAACAAAAUAUUUUUAAUAUUAGAAUAUUAUCCUAUCCUUUAUCAAGACAUAUUAGGUAAUGGCCAUUUCAAAAAUGAAAACUAACAAUAAAAUCUAAAUAAAUAAAAAGUAAAUAUUGCUUCUUAGAUCAAUUCAUAAAGAGAAUAAAGACAAUAGCAAAAUCAAAAAGAAAAUAGCCAAAUAAACUCUACUAUUAAUAGUUAAUCUACGUUAUCUUAAGAUACUCACCACCAAAGUACGUAGAAUAAUACUAUACAGUAAUAGUAAGCUGAAAUUGAUUCAAAUCUAAAUAUCCCAACACAUACUUAAAAUUCAUUAAAUUAGAUGACAAAAUAAAAUUUAUAAUUUACUAAAAAAGAUUUAUUUUCGGUUAUGCUUCGGUCUGAAUAAGCAGCCCAUAUGCUAAAAGAAAACUGCAUUAUCCAUAAAGAUAUUAAGUUGCUAAAUAUAGCAAUGAGAAAUAUACGUGAGAUAGUUUUUAUUGAUAAUGGUAUUUCAGAACUUUUCCUAGAAUUUAGCUACUACAUGGAUAAUAGUGGUACCAAACUCUAUAGAAGCUACUAGCAAGCAUCAAGUCAACCUAUAAGUGAAAACACUGAUUUAACAGCUUUAAUUAUUGUUUUAUAUGAACUAAUUAGAGGAGAAAAGAUAGACUUAAUAAAUUCUGGGACAGAUAAUUACGCAGCCUACAUUUCAAAAUAUGCAAGCAAAGAAAUAAAUUUCAUGUUCAGCAAAGAUUUCAUAAAACUUAUUGAAAUGAUCUGCGAUAGCUAAUUAGAUACAGUCAAAUCUAGGACUAAAUUUUUCAUUUGGUAAAAAUUUGAAAUAUUCAUGAAUCUCCUCUAUGAUUGCCUAUAUAAAGAUUCUUAAAUAGAAUAUUAAAAAUACUACACACAAGUUAAGAAAGCAAUAAUAGAUAUUGCUGUAAAUAGAAAAAAACCAAAUUUGGAAAUUUAAUUUGAUUAUAAAUUACUUAAAAAUUUAAUUUCUGAUGAUAUAUUCUUGAUGUUAGUUUCUCUACAGUCUAAUAAUAUACUUAAAAUGUACGAAAGUUUAUUAUUUUUCGUCAUCAAGCAAAGAAAAAUGGAAUAAUAUCAUGCAAUAAAAAUAUAAAUUUAUUAAAAAUUUAAUAUAUCAAGAAAUAAAUUAUGUGAACUGCAAUAUGAUGAAAAUAAACUCUACGAAAGUAUUGAAUAGUAUCUAUAUAAUGACAAUACUAGAAAGAAAUAUCAUCUAAAUACUUUUUAAAAAGAUAUAAUUUCUAUCUGCCAAAAUAAAUACGCAAUAAAUUAUCUCCAAGAAAAGAAAUACGAAUUUAACAAUUUAGAAGAAUAGCUUACAAAUAUUCUAACAAUGAAUGAAUUUGAUGAUUCAGAUAAAUAUUUUGUUAUAAACAUAUUUUAAAAGGUUUAUAAAUACUCAAUUUAUCAAAAGAUAAUAGAUAAACUAACUAAAUAUAUGGAUAAAUUAGAAAAAUAAAUAAACUAAUUUUAGUAAACAACAUGCGAAAAUAUCAAAAAGACAUAUUCACUAACAGACUCAAUAAAAGAGUAAAUAGAAUUACACAUAAAGUCAUAUUAAACUAGUAAAAAUUUUUUAGAUCAAAAAAGUUAAAUAGAAAAAUCAGUAUUACAAAAUUAUACAGAUGAGUUUGAAAAAUAAAAUACUUAACAUAAUUCUGAAUUUUAUUCAUCCAAUAGCAAAUAUUCUUUCAAUAAUUUUACUAAAAUUAUACGCGACGGAAAUUUAACUGAUCAGCAUAAUAAGACAAAAACAUUUCUUGAGAAUGAAAAUCAACAAAUCAAUAAUUCAAUUAUAUCAAGUUCUAAUUUUGAGGAAUAGUUUCCUUAUAAUCAGAGCGAUGAAUUUGGUUUUAACUAUCACAGUUUUCACAGGAUAGAAGGUGAAUAAACAAAAAGAGAUUAAACUAAAUAGAGAGAGACUAUGGAAAAAUAAUAAGAUACAUAAAAGAACGAUUUAAAUAUAUCUCAAAGUCCAAUAUGA